AAUGAGUACCUGUGCUGCCUUUCCUGACCCACCUCUGUCGACUCUGCGUGUGUGUGCGUGUGUGUGAUAUCUGUGUGUGUUUUCCUCCCUUCCCACCCACUCACACACUCUCCCGUUAUUUCAGAGCGGCUGUGGCUGAUACUCGACUUUACCUGUCCGGGUUGCACACCUGAGCGGACUCACCUGUCCGGGCGAGGACGGACUUUUCCACACCUUCUGGAUCCGGAGCUGCAAAGAAAACCAGAUUGAGAGGAAAGAAGGAAGGAAGGAGCGCGAGGAGAAACAGAGAGAUAAAGCGGCUCGAGACUUACGAAACGAGGAAAAAAAGGUGUCAGGAGGAAGGAGAGGGACCGACACUCACCUUCCAUUUUUCGGCUUCCAUAUUUGGAGUUUCCUGCUUUUCAGAACCGAGAAGACGCUUUCCCUCCCGCGGGAGAAGUCUCGGUUUUUACCGGAACAUGCCGAGGGCCUUUCUGGUGAAAAAGGCGAACGUUUCGCCGGGAAAGCGGAACUGGAGCGAGCUGCCCGAUCAUGAACGAGGCGACGUCUACAUCCCAGGUGAGUCCACGCUGCAAGAAGUGAGACACAAUCGUGGUCAAAAUGGGAGAAAAGACGGUUUAGAUGUCGGGUUUGGCGCGUGUUUUGGCGCUUUUUACGCACGGAUCUGAGGGUUUGAGGGACUUUUUGGACGAAGGAGGAGUGUUGAGAGAGUGGCUGGUGGGGAGGGGGUCGGGUUGGGAUUGUAACGGGGCAGCUGCGAGUCCGGGGAAACCGAAUAACGGGAAACACAGCGGGCCGUGGAGAGCCUGAUGGAGCGGCGUAAUUCCGCAUUUUGGCGAAUUUUACUACAAAUUUAAGACGAUUUACCUUAAAAAUAAUUAAAAAACAUUACAAACUAAAUAUAAAGUAUGCUAUUUCAGAGUAAAAAUAGUCAUAUUUUAAUUCUGGUUUCAUAUAUUUAUAUUUUUUUGACAUUUCAGUGGGUGUUACGGCCUUUAAGUUAUCAGAAGGCCCGUUGCUUUUCUCAGGUCGACCUUCAACCCCAGAUUGCAGCUUUCCUCCUUCUACAGCUCGACUCUCAUACAGACAUAAUCCAAACUUUUAAUGUCCACAAUCAGGAAUGUUUGAGGAUUAAAUCUCUGAAUAUAAAUGUUUGAUUUUGGCAGAAUAAAAAGGGGAAAUAUUUUAUGUGCAAAACAAGAAGAUUUGGAGUUUCUGUUUUUAUGAUGGUGCAGAAACGAUUGAUACAAAAGAAAGAUAUUGAUUUAAAAAUUAAACUUGAAUAAUUUAAGAUUAUGAGAACAAAAACUGGACAAAUUAAGUAUAAAAUCUGUUCAGGAAACUUCGCUAAAGUGUGCAGAAGUUAAAUCGAAAAAGAAAUCCUGAGUCAGCCUGUCAAACCGACUCUCUGCAUCUUUAGCAUGUAAAUGAGAAGUAAAGCGAGUCCACCUCUCCGAGAACAAUCCUCUUUGUUGCCACCGGCGCAGGUUUUAUUGUAAGACCACGUCCGUAUCAGAUAACAAGUAACGGACUACACCCUCUACCUCUCUAACCAUCCCCCCUUCCUCUCUCCCUCUCUGUGUCCAUCACCGUUAGCUUUUAAUCAUUGACUUGUACAUCCUCUCCUCUGGACGAACCGAGUGAAUUCUGGAAGAAGUGCUUGGAAACGAAAGAAGGAACCGUUUCAUAAUCUUUGCAGAGGCGUAUCGUCAGUUUAAGAGAGUAAAAACAGGUUUUGUAGCGCCAAAUUUAAGCCUCAAACUUCCUCAAAAACACUUAAAUGAGAAUUAGAAGGUCAAACUCAUGAGAACACGUCCGUAAGUCUAAAAACGAAUCUGUGCGUCUGUGCGUAAUUACGCGGACUCAACACUCCCAGCAACGGUUUGAGCUCCAGUUUCAGGUAUGUGCCGUUACUUGACGUACCUGCCUAACGUGUGUUUUUGUGUUGAAGGCGGACACACACUCUCACACACACACUCACAUAAGCACAGUGACACACAGAGAGGUAUGAUAAUUGGCCCCAUGCAGAAACAGACCUGAUGAUGAUGAUGAUGAGGAGGAGGAGGACUUUGGCGAGGCCUCAGAUGCCUCCAGUUUGGACAGUGUUUUUGUGUUGAAGUUUAUUUUUAAAGCCUGAACCACAAACAUGCGCCAGAGCCGGUUUCUGUUGGGUCACAGGACCGAAAUGAGCCGGGUUCAACCCUCCCAGACAACCAACAAGAGGAUCAACAGCUUCUACCUGAACAGAGAUGGUUUAUUAGAAGUCAGUCCUUCAUGAACAAAGAGGCACAAAUGUAAUUAUGUUCAAUUUUAAUGUAAGAAAUAAAAAUGUUUCUAUGUAAAUAUUUAUCUUACAGAAAACUUUCAAUAUGAGUCAUAAAAGUUUAAUUUUCUGUUAUAAAACUGGGCAUUUAAUUGGUGUUACAGCAGGUUAUAUAAGACACUUUUAGAAGCAUCAUAAAACUAUUUAAGCAAACAGAAAAAAAUAUAAUCUAAUAAUAAAGUUCCUGCAAUAAAAGGGUCCAAAGGUUUGGUAUAAGAACAACUGAGCAUCAUUCUUAUGAGAAUGAAUUGUUACAGAUUAUUUUUACAAAAAGUUCUUAGUAAAAAGAGCUCAAAAUUUGAAUCAAAAAGUUUAAACUUUUUGAUUUUGAUUUUUUUUCAUGACAGAAGAUUAGAGUUAUAUUAAAUAAGAAAAAAAAGAUGUCAGAAAUAAAAUCGUAGAAUGAAAAAAUAGUUAUAUAAAAUUUGGCAAAAAGUUUGAGUUUUCUUCAGACAUAAAAAGUUAUAUUUUUCAGAAAAUAAAGUAGAAAUUAAAAAAGACAAAAUUGGAAAAGUAACUAGAACAAAGUUGUAAGAUUAUAAAAACAAACUUGUAUCUUUCUUUCCUUUUUUUUUUAUUUAUCUCAAACUUUAAAAACAAAAAAAAAAAAACACCUGGAAACAAAACCACCGAACAAUAUAGUGCAUAUGUACACCGAACAACUGUACAUUUUAAAAAAUAAACAGUUUUUAGAAGGAACAGAAUGAAGCAAAGAGCUUGUAUGAAAUUAAAAUUUUAGUUAUACAAGAUUAAAGUCUUAAUAUAUUUGGAAACAAGAUGAAAGUUUUAGAAUUCAGUGAUUUUUUAAAAACGGCUAAAAAAAGAACUUAAGUAGCAAAAUUUUUUAUAAUUUUUUAGCGGGUGAAUGGCUGUUAUGAGUUUUAGGAUGAAAUAAAAUAUCAGUAUUUAUAACCAUCUAUAUUUUAUACAUAAUGUGUCUAUGGCCUUAAAGUCUGAUGUUUCAAAGUGUUUUCAAAAAACAUCCAAAAUUUUUCAAGUCAUUUCAACAAAAAGUCUUUAAAUAAUUUAUGGAAUAGAUCCAACACUUUAUUUUUUGUUAACUCAGUGGAACUAGAUGAGCAUAAGUGCUAAAAACUGCAGUUCCUCAACUGUCCACUUGGGGCUGGCUCCAGUAGUUGAGGGGUUCCCAUUGACUCCCAUGUUAAAUCGUCCACUUUAUCAGCAGCGUUUAACGGGUUUACAGACCAGUAUGAAAACGGUUCUGGUUCGAGAAGCUCAUUUAUUUAUUCACACACAUGAAACAUAAACUUAUUAAAUUAAUAUUUAAUCAAAACUUUCAUAUUUGUUCGUAUUCUCUGUUUGAAACUGAGCGUCUCUGUUCCUCGAGGUUAGUGUUUAUUGGCUGGGUGGAAAUGUAACGGACCCUAUACUGACAACCUCCUGCUGGAGACAGUACGCCUUGAGCAAACACACUCUAACACACACACUGACACACACUAACACACACACACACCUAAUGUUUGGUCAAGUUAUCAGCCUGUUGUUGGCUUUUAUUCCUCUCGGAGCUCGUCUAACGGAUAUGGGAAAUAUGAAAGAGGACUGUAAAGAGCUGAACCACCUCUCCCCUAAACCUCGGUCUGAAAACAGUCAGGGGUACUUUGAACCUCUUUCACACACACACACACACACACACACACACACACAAUUACUCAUGCACACACACACUCUUAAUUUAUCGUGGAGGGAAGAAGGCGGGGCGAACAAACAAUCCAAGAUGAGAUUAAAUGUCCGGCAGUCGUCACCACAGAGACUAUCAGCACAGAGGAAUAAUUAAGAAAGAUUUAAAGAGCCGUGAGGAUUAAACUCUAUCAGCUAAUAUCAUAUAAUCACUGACAACUUAUUGAUUAAGCUCAAGAAUAAGAUUAUUUUCCUUAUUAAUCUGCAUUUGGAGGAAAUUUGCAGCAUUUACUGUUGUAGAAAAACUGCAGUGUCGCAAACUCACAUGGAAAUCUGAACUUUUGCAGUGUCAGCACAAAGUAAAUUUUAAAAAAUGUUAAAACGCACAAGUGUGGUACCUGUAGAAGCGAUUUUCUUUCUUUUUUAGGUGCAAAAGUUGAAUAAAAAAAAACAAAUCUAAGUUAGAGUGAGUCGCAAACACAGUAAAAGUGCGAAACGUUGCAGUGAUCUUACAAAUUCUAGGUUUUUAUUUCUUCUGAUUGCUAAUUUAUUUAGAGAAUCGAUUCAAAAACACUCAUGAGGCUCUACAGCAGGUGUCAAACAGACCGACAGAGCGGUCCCUGUGUCCUCAGCGUACCGUUACCUCUCCAUGUCACCACGUCAUCUCCUCCUCCUCCUCCUCCUUCUCUCUGCGGAGCUUUAUUUGCAUCUUCAUUUGACUUUUAUCUGAUUGAGGCUCUCAAGUGUCAACUGAUUCAUUGUCUUCACUGUAACCUGACUGUAAGCUACCUGAACACACAGACACACACACACACACACACCUCGUGGACAGCUGAUGAGGUAAUGGCCUUUGGGCACAGACAUGCAAAAGUCCUCCUGUGGUCCUAAAAUAGACUCCAGGUUGAAAUUGAAAGCUGAUUGGUCCAUUUUUGUUCUGUUAUACAUCAUUUUUGCUCUGAUAGAGUCUUAUCCUUUCUUUUUUCAUGUUAUUUUUCUCCUUUUAUGUUUUUCUACUUUGACUUUUUACUACUUUGAGCUUCAAUCAGAAGAGCUCCUUCUGACUUCUUCAGAAAUCCGUCUUUGGCCUUAAAAUUUCUCUGACCUCGGUCUCUUCUGAGUGUUUUGACAUAAUUCGCUCAUAAACACACACACACACACACACACACACACAUAGACAUAGACAGUCAGGCAUCCACCCUGCGGAGGUGGAUUGUUUGAGGAAGGUACAGAUCUGGUGCCGCAAGACCGUCUGGUCCGACGAGUCUAACUGCAACUGCAAUGCGCUCUGUGUGUGUGUGUGUGUGUGUGUGUGUUUGUUUGUGUGUGUGCGUGUGUAUGUGGGGCAUGUAUGUGCGUGCAAAAUAAGCUGCAUUGAACAAUAGAGAUGUGCACACCCACACCCAUGCACACACACACAUACAUGGACUUAUUGAACUCGGCGUGUUUGCUAAUUGAGAGAUUGUGUAAAUAUGAAGCAGUGCAGAGGAGCGGAGUAUUGUGAAAGUCUAUUGUAGGAGAAAUCUCAUUUUCUGUCCCUCUGUUCUCUCUGUUUUCUCUUCUUUUGACUGACGCUCUUAUUUACGGGCAGCUGGUGCAGGGCCAAGUCAAAGGACCCCGAGUAUGAACCAAUCAGAAGCUCAGUUGCUGAUCAGUCCUCAAGUAUCCUCGAUAGAUGGAGCGAUCUGAUUUGAGAUUGUUGAAGUCUGAGGGCGCGUUCGCACCAUCCUCGUUUAGUCCGGUUGAACCGAACCCUGGAGCGUUUACCCCCUUGGCGCGGUUCGUUUGGGUCGGUGUGAACGCUGACCUCAAACUCUGGUGCGGACCAAAUAAACGAACUCUGGUGCCGCAGUUGGCGCUCACAGGCUAACGAGCCGUUCAUACGCGCGAUCGACUAGAUGAGUAGCAAAAGCAAAAUCAGCCUACGAUGCUCCAUGUCACGUGACUUCCGGUUGACUUCUGAACCCAAACCAUGCCAGUUAACCAAUCAAAACAAAUGUAUCAUCUUGCCUUGGAUUCGAAUCAGGAAACUGACCUUUAGGUGUGAACACGACCUUAAUCUCUUCCUCUGUCUCGUCUUGUCUUGUAGUCUCCAUCUUCCCGCCGUCGUCUCUGGUGAUGGAGGUCGAAGCCAGCCCCGCGGAGACGGCGCCGCUCUGCCUCACCAAGCAAACCCCAACCGAUCAACACACGCGAGCCGAGCUGCCAUCCAGCACCAUGCUGGGCAGACCUCAGAGCGACGGGGUGCCGCCCGCGGAGAGGUCGGACGUCAGGAGGAGGGCGCAGAGCAGCUCCCCGUAUAUCCGCUCCAAAAUCAAGGUAAGACGCGACCGGACCUUUACGGAUCAGCUUUAAUUUAAUUUAAUUUAAAGACCAAAGUCCAACAGUCGCUCUAAUUUCUCCUCCGCAGGUCACGACAGGCGAGUUACCUCCUCUUCCUCCUCCUCAUUCCCUCUCUCUUCCUCCCAUCCCCACCUCACCGUCUGUAACCACGCACGCCACUGUGAUACCGGUCGCCUCAACAACAACAACAACAACAACAACAACCACCCCUACCUCCCCGGAAGCCGUCUCUAUGGUAACCAGAUCAACAGGUCAAAGUCAGAGUCCGUCACCUGGGGCAAACGGGACGUUUGUGUGCCAGGUAGGUCACCCGACUGAAAAAGGCAGAAUACACGAAUUUACAGGUGACAACCCAGACUGAGCUGGAAGAUUCAUGUUUUAAUCGCUUUUUAGUUUAGAUUCUCGCUCAAAUUUUUUUAUUCACACCUGACAAAAAGUGUAGAAACUCAGAAAAAACUUAGAAUUGGAGAUUUUGGAUCUAGAAAAAAAUAGAUGUCAGGAUACACAAAUUUCAGUGUGUGCUGCGUUCAAGUUAUGUCAGAAGUCAGAUGUCGGAGCUGAAAAUGACGUCACGCCCAAGUUACCACUGUUUCAGUUAACAAGUCGGAAAAUGGAGGCCUGAAACAUGAUGGCUACAUCUUUGAAAGUUAGUUUAGCACUGGCCUUGUCCGGACAUGUGGCAAGCACUAAAAAAACGUUGUAGAUGUAGCCAUCUUGUUUCCACCUCCGAUUUUGCUUUUUCCGACUUGAUAACUGAAACGCUGGGAACUUGGGUGUGAGGUCAUUUUCGUCUUCUAAAUCUGAUUUCCGAGGUAACUUGAAUGCGGCAUUCGUCUUACUAGUGUUUGACAAAAAAAACCCAACCAGAAUGCACCUUUUAAUGUUCAAAAACUUGGAACUCAGAAGUCCGAGCUGAAAAUGACGUCACACCCGAGUUACCACUUUGGAAAAAAGCAAAAUCGGAGGCAGAAACAAGAUGGCUACAUCUACAAAAGUUAUCUUAGCGCUUGCCUUGUCCGAAUAUUAUGCAAGCGCAUAAUUUUGCCUGUUCUUGCUUUCCGAUUUUGCUUUUUUCCGAUUUGGUAACUCAAGUUUGACGUCAUUUUCAGCUCCGACAUCUGACUUCCGAGGUAACUCGAACGCAGCAUUAAUGUCAGUGUGUUAAGGUUAAGCGGAAUGUCCUUGUGUUGUUGCCGUAGAUCUGCCAGAAGGCCUUCCAGUACCAGCGGAUGUUAAACCGACACAUCAAGUGUCACAACGAGACCAAGAGGCACCUGUGCAGCUUCUGCGGAAAAGGGUUCAACGACACCUUUGACCUCAAGAGACACGUCCGCACGCACACAGGUGAGGACACACAAACACGCCGUCAGGUUAACUCGAAAACGCUCAAAUAUAAAAACAAGUAUGUGACGAUUAAUUUUCAUGUGUUCAUCCAGGAGUCCGUCCGUACAAGUGCACCCUCUGCGACAAGGCGUUCACCCAGCGCUGCUCCCUGGAGUCCCACAUGAAGAAGAUCCACAGCGUCACCCUCAAGUACGCCUACAAGGAGCGCCGCAACAAGCUGUACGUGUGCGAGGAGUGCGGCCACACGGCGGCAACUCAGGACGAGCUGCUGAUCCACCUGCACUCGCUUCAUCCCGACAGCCACCUGCUCAAAGGAAAGGCCGCAAGGAAAAGUGGAGGGAGAGAGGGCGGAUCGGUGGGAGGGUCCACGCCUUGCUCUCCUCAAGGCGCCGACAGCGAUGAUACCUCUGGAUCAGGCGACCACUGAGAGGAAGAUUAAGACGACAAACUCAGGGGGGGAAAGGAUGAAGGAUGUUUACUGACGGACAAAAAGAGGAAGUGAUGCGAGAGAGAGGUGGAAGAAAAGAGCGGGAAAGUGUGUGAAUAAUAUACGUGUGCGUGGAUUUGGGUUUUUGUACAUAAUAAUGAAAUAAUCCAAGUGUGACUCUGGCUAACAUAUGUAUAUUUACACGGGUUGUGAUGAUGUGAAUGAGCGGGUAAACGUGUCUCUCCAUUUGUGCUGCAUGUAAAAAUAUCCUGUGGGCUUCGUUGUACAGUACUGACAGGUUUUAUAUGAAAAUAAGUUCAUUAAAGGGAGUAAUAUAUUACAAAAACAGA